AUGGAGGGGCUGCUGGUGCUGGGGGCUGCUGUGCUGCUGGGAGCAGAGUGCAAAGGUCCUCUGGAGACACCCACAUUUGGGGACAUCUACCACGUCACAGGAGUCAUCAGCCUGCCCUAUGCAGAGAUCAGGGAGCCCUUCGAAGCCUGGUACAACCUCACCGGGGGGAAGAGCCGCAUCGAGUACUAUGGCGGCCAAGUGGUCACCUACCAGUUUGGCUCCAUCGAGCCCUUCGGUGCCAGCUUCAAGGUGACACCCGAGACCACGGAGACGGAGGUUAAUGUCCGCAAGUGCUUCCGCAUCAACGGCACCGACAGGGACCUCAUCGCCCCGCAGAGCGUCUUCCCCAGCCUGGAGAACUUCAAGAGGGUGCGGGAGGAGCAAUUCCGCGGGCAGCCCUGCGCCGUCUGGCAGAACAUCUCCUACUGGGGCCGCAAGAAGAACGUCUACACACUGCGGGUGGGCAGCUCUGCCCGCGGCCCCGUGCCCCUGCACUACGAGGUGCGCGGCUUCAACAGCCUCCUGGGCUCCCACUACGACAAGUACGAGAUCGACUACUCCUCCUUCAGCCACCGCUUCCCCGCCAGCGUCUUCCACCUCCCGGAGGGGGUACAGUGCGAGCAGUGGCCCACGGCCGGCCCCGAGCACCGCAUCGUGGCCAACCCCAUGCAGGAGUUUGUGGGGACGGCGCCGGAGACAGACAACGUCCACCACCGCCUCUUCCACCGCUACAAGGAGCAGUUCGGGAAGAGUUACAGCAGCGAGGAGGAGCACGAGCACCGCAAGCACACCUUCAUCCAUAACAUGCGGUUCGUGCACUCGAGGAACCGCGCCGCGCUCUCCUACACGCUGGCGCUGAACCACUUGGCCGACCGCACGCCCCAGGAGCUGGCCGACCGCACGCCCCAGGAGCUGGCUGCCCUGCGGGGCCGCCGCUGGAGCGGGGCUCCCCACAACGGGCAGCCCUUCCCCACCGAGCUCUACGCCGGCCUCAUCCUGCCCGAGAGCCUCGACUGGCGGCUGUACGGCGCUGUGACCCCUGUGAAGGACCAGGCCAUCUGCGGGUCCUGCUGGAGCUUCGCUACGACGGGCGCGAUGGAGGGUGCCCUCUUCCUCAAGACCGGCGUGCUGACCCCCCUGUCCCAACAAGUCCUCAUCGACUGCUCCUGGGGCUUUGGGAAUCGCGCCUGCGAUGGGGGCGAGGAGUGGCGAGCCUACGAGUGGAUCAAGAAACACGGCGGCAUCGCCAGCACCGAGUCCUACGGGCCCUACCUGGGGCAGAACGGCUACUGCCACUGCAACCAGUCGGAGCUGGUGGCCCAACUCGCUGGCUAUGCCACCGUGGACCCGGGCAGUGCCAUGGCACUGAAGGCUGCUCUGGUCAAGCACGGCCCCGUGGCUGUCAACAUCGACGCCUCGCACAAGUCCUUCGCCUUCUAUGCCAACGGGGUCUACGAGGAGCCCCACUGCGGAAAUGAGACGGGAGCGCUGGACCACGCGGUGCUGGCCGUGGGCUACGGGGUCCUGCACGGCAAGAGCUACUGGCUGAUCAAGAACUCCUGGUCCACGUACUGGGGCAACGAUGGCUACAUCCUCAUGGCCAUGAAGGACAACAACUGUGGCGUGGCCACUGCUGCCUCCUUCCCCAUCCUGGCCUGAUGGGAC